UUUUGCCUUGGCAAUUUAGCAUUGAGCGAAAGAGAAAGUAAAUCGGAGGAGGAGGAAAAGGGAUUUAAUGGCGAAUUUGUACGUGCGGGCGUUUCCGACGACGGAUCUGAAUAAAAACACGGAGUGGUUCACGUACCCAGGCGCCUGGACCACCUACAUCCUUAUAUUGUUCUUUUCUUGGCUGCUCGUGCUCUCCGUUUUCGGCUGCUCUCCUGGCAUGGCUUGGACCGUCGUCCAUCUCGCUCAUUUUGCUAUGACGUAUCAUUUUUUCCAUUGGAAGAAGGGAACACCGUUUGCAGAUGACCAAGGUAUCUACAAUAGACUGACCUGGUGGGAGCAAAUUGACAACGGCAAGCAGCUCACUCGAAACAGGAAGUUUUUGACUGUUGUGCCAGUAGUUCUGUACUUGAUAGCUUCUCACACGACGGACUACCAGAACCCGAUGCUGUUGCUGAACACGAUAGCAGUCUUGAUUCUGGUGGUAGCAAAGUUCCCGAAUAUGCACAAAGUCCGGAUAUUUGGAAUCAAUGCCGAUCAAUGAAAUUGCUUGCUUUGAUCGAUCUUCAUCACAUUUCUUGAACUCAACUCUUUCUUAUAUUAGGUAAAUAGAGGAUGAUCCAUAUAUAUAUAUAUAUAUAUAUAUCAAUCAAUCAAUUGCUAUGAUGUCUAGCUCCAUUGCUGUGUUGUUAUGUACUUACUAAGUUUCGAAAGGCUAAAGGAAUUUUCUUUACUAACA